GAGAGAGUGUGGAAGGCGAUGGUCGGCCCGGUGAGAGCGGUCCUUCUUUGGAUGGCAGAACCAGCUACGGCCAGGGUCCGGUGACUCACGGCUCGGCCAUCAGUCCCGACCGAUUCGACAGCCAGCUUUAUAGCCACGGGGUCCAACCCGGCCCACAGAGACCCCGCCGGCCCAAGCUUCAGCACUCGCAAUCCAUCCUUCGUAAGCAGGCAGAGGAGGAGGCCAUCAAGCGGUCCCGCUCACUCUCAGAGAGUUAUGAGCUCUCUGCUGACCUUCAAGAUAAACAGGUGGAGAUGCUGGAACGUAAAUAUGGAGGAAGAUUCAUAACUCGGCAUGCAGCUCGCACCAUCCAAACAGCCUUCCGACAGUAUCAGAUGAACAAGAACUUUGAACGUCUCAGGAGCUCCAUGUCGGAGAACCGCAUGUCCAGACGCAUUGUUCUCUCCAACAUGAGGAUGCAACUGUCAUUCGAGGGCCCUGAGAAAGUGCACAGCUCGUAUUUCGAAGGGAGGCAGGUGUCCAUGACGGAGGACGGCACCCCGCUGUCCAUGGUUCAGUCUGAAUGUGGGGACGUGGAAGUCCACAAGCAGGCCAGCAGGACUUCUCACGCAGGGCCGCAGGGAGACCUGACGGACACCAUCACGGAGCUGGAGGACGCCUUCUCCAGGCAGGUCAAGUCUCUGGCGGAGUCCAUUGAUGACGCCUUGAAUUGUCGCAGCCUUCAGGGGGACGAGGGUCCUGAUCCCGAGGCCAUGGCCUGCUCAAAGGUGGAAGGGGAGGUGCCUUAUCAGGUGAAGUCUCACCGCAGGGCAGCCGGACGGAUGCGUGAUGAAACCAUGGCGUCUUAUGGCGAUGUUACACUGUUCAUCGAUGAGGAGGACAUGUCCCCUUCCACUGCUCUGUCCAGGUCAGGAGACCAGCCAUCCAGUACAGAAUCAGACAUACGGCUGCAGUCGGUAAACUCCUCCCAAGAAUACUGGCCUAUUGAGUCUAAAGACGAGGGCCGUGACACGGACACGAGCUGCCGCAGCACUCCGUCUUUAGAGUGCCAAGAGCAACGUCUUAGAAUGGAUCACCUCCCUCUGCUGACCAUAGAACCUCCCAGCGACAGCUCUGCAGAACUCAGCGACCGGUCCGAGCGCAGCUCUGUCAAACGGCCACCCGCGUACGAGCCCCACGGCCACAUCUUGACGUCAUCCCAGGCCAGCCCCAAACACAUUUCCCACGGACCGCCGCCACGAGCUCCUCCCCGCGACGACGACGCGCCCCUGCGCCAUCGCCACCGGCAGCUGGAGAGCCACCUGGCCAUCAACGGCUCAGCCAACCGACAGAGCAAGUCUGAGUCGGACUUCUCGGACGGGGAUAACGACAGCCUCAACAGCACGUCGAACUCCAACGACACCAUAAACUGCAGCUCGGAGUCCUCGUCCAGAGACAGCCUGCGAGAGCAGACGCUGAGUAAGCAAACGUACCACAAAGAGACUCGCAACAGCUGGGACUCCCCCAUCUUCAGCAACGACGUUAUCCGCAAGAGACAUUACCGCAUCGGCCUCAAUCUUUUCAACAAGAAGCCAGAGAAGGGCAUCCAGUAUCUGACCGAGAGGGGCUUCAUCCCCGACACGCCUGUUGGUGUGGCCCACUUUCUGCUUCAGAGAAAAGGACUCAGCAGGCAGAUGAUCGGAGAGUUUCUCGGCAAUCGGCAGAAACAGUUCAACAGAGACGUCCUGGAUUGUGUGGUAGAUGAAAUGGAGUUCCAGAGCAUGGAGCUGGAUGAAGCCCUCAGGAAGUUUCAGAACCACAUCCGGGUCCAGGGUGAAGCCCAGAAAGUGGAGCGGCUCAUUGAAGCCUUCAGCCAGCGCUACUGCAUCUGCAACCCGACGGUGGUGCGACAGUUCAGGAACCCCGACACCAUCUUCAUCCUGGCCUUUGCAAUCAUCCUCCUCAACACCGACAUGUACAGCCCCAACGUCAAACCUGAGAGGAAAAUGAAACUGGAGGACUUUAUCAAGAAUUUAAGAGGUGUGGACGAUGGCGAGGACAUACCCCGAGACACUCUGGUCGGGAUCUACGAGAGGAUCCGAAAGCGAGAGCUCAAGACCAACGAAGACCACGUGUCUCAGGUGCAGAAGGUGGAGAAGCUCAUCGUGGGCAAGAAACCGAUUGGAUCUCUCCACCAUGGCCUGGGAUGUGUGCUGUCGCUGCCACAUCGUCGCUUGGUGUGUUACUGCCGCCUGUUUGAAGUGCCAGAUCCCAGCAAGCCCCAGAAGCUGGGCCUGCAUCAGCGGGAGAUCUUCCUGUUUAAUGACCUCCUUGUGAUUACAAAGAUUUUCCAGAAGAAGAAGAAUUCAGUCACAUAUAGUUUCAGACAGUCCUUUUCUCUGUAUGGGAUGCAAGUCAUGCUGUUUGAAAAUCAGUAUUACCCAAAUGGAAUCAGACUCACGUCGGCGAUCCCAGGUGCGGACAUCAAAGUGCUCAUCAACUUCAACGCACCCAACCCCCAGGACCGCAAGAAGUUCACAGAUGACCUGCGAGAGUCCAUCGCAGAGGUGCAGGAAAUGGAGAAAUACAGAAUAGAGUCGGAGCUGGAGAAGCAGAAGGGCGUGGUGAGGCCCAGCAUGUCGCAGAGCUCUGGCCUGAAGAAGGAAGCCGGAAACGGGAACAUGAACCGCGCCAGUCUGGACGACAGCUACGCCAUGGGUGAGGGCCUGAAGAGGAGCGCCCUCAGCAGCUCUCUGAGGGACCUGUCUGAAGCAGGCAAGCGUGGGCGUCGCAGCAGUGCAGGAUCACUAGACAGCAAUAUGGAAGGGUCCAUCAUUAGCAGUCCGCACACGCGACGGAGAGCCACUACGCCACGGGAGGGCUCCUCCCGCGGCCAUCCCCCGCUCCCCAACUCGGCGUCCACGUCCAUCCUGGGGUCGCUCUUCGGCAGCAAGAGAGGGAAGUCGCCGUCGCAGGGCCAGCCCCCUCUGGUGCCGCCGGGCCACCCCACCCUCAUAUCGCACAAGCCCCACCCGACCAACCUGCACCACACGGCGCAGGUCGCACAACACGUGGCGCCGGCCCCGCACCAUGCCCACCACUCCCAGUACUGCCCGGCCCCGCAGAACCCGCCCCCGUACCACCACCACCACCACUACCACCCGCCGCCGCACACGCAGUACCACCAGCACCCGGCCUACUCCUCCUCCUCGCACGCGCCCCCUUACUCGCAGCACAGCCACUACGGCCAGCACCCGCACCACCCGCCCCACGCCCACCACCACGGCCAGCAGGCGGCGGCGGCGCACGGCGGCGGGCCCAAACACAAACACAGUGGCAUCAGCACCGUAGUGUGAUGCUGCAGGACAGCCGACGCAGCUGGAGGAGAACUUUCAACGAGGAAGGACAAUCGCUCACACCAAAGGGACUGACAGCAUAACUCUACGGCCUGCCCACUGUGUUUCUGCUGCUGUGAUUGGACGCCAGCCACACGCAGCCACCUUCCUCACUUCCAGGUCCAAAACAAUAUGCAGGAUAGGAAUCGGACUCAAAUCUUCCAAUAGGGGCCUUUUUCAGUUUGCCUGAUCUGCGGGGGGUGGGGGGGGGGGUGCUCUUUACUGGUCCCGUCGGGGGGGUUUUUUCUUUUUUUUUUCCGUGUGCGUCGGUGGAGGUCUGCACACACUCACAGAUACACACAAACACACACACCGCCCAGCUGGACAGCUCCAGAGGAAAUGUGUCGUCUCUGCUCCCCGCCGCCUCCGCCUUCACGUAAUCAGGAGGAAAGACGAGCUCGGACCAGAACACCACAGACUGCUCUCACCUUCCUGUGCACAGCUCUUUUGGAAGUCUUCAGUUUUGCAGAUUUUUACGUUCCGGGGAACGCUAAUAGUCGCUGCCUCCCGUAGAGCUCUUAUACAGCAGAGAAAACAAACCUCGAUAUAAUCACGUCACACUAACUUCAAGUGAAAGGACCGGUCAAACAAGUCAUAGUAGUUCUAGUUGCUGUAUUUACUGUAGAUGACUGCUAUAUGUCCUGUGUCCUAGCUCUCAUAAAUAAAUGUGCCAAUUAUUAAUGCAUAAUCUAUUUAGUCAAGACUUUAUGUACAGUGUAUUGUGUGUAAAGUAAUUUGUAAGAUUACACUUACAGUUAUUAUCGGCAACAAUGACUUUUUUAUCAGUAUUAUACUGACGCUGCGGCGACAGGACGGAGGUCCGGACGGAGUGAGCUGGAAGAUGUUUGGGCCGGUCGCAGCCGGAGCCUCAAACAGCCGAGGUUUUCUGUAAGCCGCGCUGUUUCGGCUCACCUGGCGGCUGCUUGAACCAUCUAAAGAUUAACGACGGAAAAAAAGAAAAAAGACAAGACGACGUUUUCAGCCCGUUAAGGUUGGGUUGCUGUUACAUUUGGUCCCAAACGAAGGUCGUUUUUCCAACAGUUUGUUGUCUUAGAAAAUAUGCAACAGCUGAAUUUUUGGCUCUUGAAAUCAAAAAUUGAGAAAUUUUCUUCCUUUUUUUAAAAUAUAUUUAGCCUUGUUUGAAUUCCUAUUAUUUUCUCAUCCACCGAUAAGAUUUGGUGAGUGACUAAAACCCGUUCUGCUUAUUAUAUGUGCAAUAUCUUUGUACUGAUUUUGUACAUCCAGCAAGGUCUCCCUCCUGUUUGUGCACGUUUUCAUGUCACCAGAUUUAUUUAUUUAUUUCUAACCCGCCUGUAAAUUAAUGUCUGUUCGUCCUCCCUGUGUCUUCGGAGGUGGAAAGUCUCGUUAAAUCAGUUUUUUUGUUUGUUUGUUUUUUUGCAUGUGAUGUUUUUGGUGUGAGGCUCUCCUCUGCACAUUGUUGAACAAACCAGUGUUACCAUAGAAAGUUUAAGUGCAAUCAUGUUUGAAAAAGGAAUAAAAUAAAAUAAAAAAUAAAAACACAGACUUGUGCUUAAGAGUAAAAGUCUAGGAUGAGAUUCAGGUGAGAUUUAAAAAUAGUUAUUUUUUGUCCAUUUAAAACUAUAAAUAAAUACUUAGCGAGUGGAACGAAGAAUGUGUGUAUAUAUUUUAAUAAAAAGGAACAAACUGUACGCCUCUCCUUGGGCUGAACGGAAAUAUUUUGCUGGACAAGCACAUUAGGAAGAACACAUUUUUGUUUGUUUUUCAGGAAAUGCAGUUCUAACAUACAAAAUGCAAGUUGAACAAAAGAACUAGGUAGAUGUAAAAAAAAGAAAAAUAUCUUUCUAUAUUCUACAAAUAAGAGUCUAUUCUAGUGUGUAAAUUAGUGACAGUAAACUGUUUGUCCCAAUAUUCAGGUUGUAAAUGUAUUUUAAUAUUCAUGAAGUAAAACCACAGUCAUGAGUCGGGCUUAUAGACUUUUUUUUUUUUUGUUUCCCUCAACGAAACGAUGAAGAUGAAGAGACAUAUCACAUGCAGGGACAUUAAUGAUCAGCUGAAUGUGUCGCUCCCGGGGUUUCAUGUUCGGGAAUCUUGGAACGACAGGAAACCGGUGCAUCUGUUUAUUUUGUUUGUUUGUUUGUUUGGGUUGUGUUGUAGUGCUUUCACAUGUCUGCGGUCCUUAACGAGAGCGUACCCCAACAAUGCACUGCAUGGAUCUGAUGCAUCAUGUUCACUGUGAGCUGAUGGGGAAGAAAUCAGCCUUUAAAUCUGGUCUUGUUUUGUUGUUUUCCUUUUUAUUUAUUUUUAUUUUUGGGGGGGGUGGGGGGCAGUUUCUGAUUGAGUUGGAACUUUCUGAUGUUGAUGUGUUCUUGUUGUUCCAUGUUUGCCUGGUUAUUGAAGCUCAGCAUGCAUUUCAUCGAUGAAGCCAUGGUGUAAAUGAUGAACAUGAAGAACAGGGCUUUCAUUGUAUAAAUACGAGAUUUCCGAAGCGCUCGGCGAGAGAUUUUAACUUUGUGAAAGACUGUAAAGGGACCAAAAAACUGGGGUUAAAGGAGGUGUAAAUAAUGUCUAUAGGAUCCAUCCUGACACCUGCAGCUCAGAUCGGGAUGUAGAGGCACCCGCCCUCAUGGAUGGAUGAAGUCGGAGGGGGGUGCUGAUUGAACAUAUCGAUUGUCUUCGCCUCCUGCUCUCAUAAAACCGACAUUUGCUGUGGAAAUUUAAAAAACAGACUGUUAAAGUGUGCUGCCACUCACGUCCGGCUCUACACACACACACACGAGUACACACACAUUCGGCCGCGAGCUGUUCAGUCUGACGUGAGACGUGUUUAGAAGAAUGGAAAUGACCGGAAAGGCCUCAUUUAAAUGUGCAUUCUGUUUGUACAGUGAAUAGUGAGUCAGUAAAGACCCCAGUUAUUGUAAAACUUCAACUGUGACAAUGUUGAGAACGCAAAAUAAACAAAUAUAUGACUUAUGGUA